AUGGCCGCGCAGCCGGAGCCGCAAGACGAGCUGCUGCCCCUGGCAGGCUCAGGGUCCCAAUGGUUCGGGGACCGGGGGGAGGGGGAGGACGAGGUGGUGACGCUGAAAGGGGUCAAGCCGACGUCGCCGGCGGGGGAACCCGACCGGGGCUUGGACGCCUGGGCCGGGGCCCGGGAACCAGCGCCUCCAGAACCCGGCUCGGGCUCCGCGGAGCCGCCGCCCGUUGCCAUGGAAACUGCAUCCACAGGUAUGGCAAAUCCCUCCAGUGCCCUGGGACAUGCCUUUUCAACACCACCAAAAGAUGGGGAAGGAGCCUGCUACACAUCUCUUAUUUCUGACAUCUGUUAUCCACCUCAGGUGGAUUCAACAUAUUUCACAGGAAUUCUUCAGAAGGAAAAUGGCCAUGCCAGCAGUUCAGAGAGCCCUGAUGAGCUGAGUACUCCUGGACCCUCCUUGCCAGAUGUGCCUGGCACAGAGCCUCAUGGCUUAUUGAGUUCUGAUUCUGGAAUAGAGAUGACUCCUGCGGAGUCUGUGGAGGUGAACAAGAUCUUAGCAGAUCCUCUGGACCAGAUGAAAGCAGAAGCCUAUAAAUACAUUGACAUAACCAGGCCAGAAGAGGCAAAGUACCAAGAGGAAUGUCACCCCAAGCUGGAAGAUAAAGACUUAGACUCUAAGAAUAAGGACACUGGAACCCCAAUAAAAUCUGAAGGGGUCUCUGAACCCAAGAAACCAGCUCCUAUAGAAGGAAAGAUCAUCAAGGACCAUUUAUUUGAAGAGUCAACAUUUGCACCUUAUAUAGAUGAUCUCCCUGAAGAACAACGCAGUGCUCCUGUAAUCACAGCCCCUGUCAAAAUCACGCUGACUGAGAUUGAGCCUUCUGUUGAGAGUGCUACUCAUGUGAAGGUCCCUGAGAAGCAAGACAUCUGUCUGAAACCAAGUCCUGAUACAGUCCCCACUGUCACGGUAUCGGAGCCUGAAGAUGACAGUCCAGGGUCUGUCACGCCUCCAUCUUCUGGAACAGAACCAUCUGCUGCAGAAUCCCAGGGGAAAUGCAGCAUCUCUGAGGAUGAGUUGAUCACUGCCAUUAAAGAAGCAAAAGGGUUAUCCUAUGAAACCACGGAGAGCCCACGGCCAAUGGGUCAGAUGGCCGACAGACCUGGGACCAAGGCCAGGUCUGGGCUGCCGACCAUUCCCAGUAGCCCUCUGGACCAUGAAGCCAGCAGCGCGGAGUCGGGGGACUCGGAGAUCGAGCUGGUGUCCGAGGACCCCAUGGCCGCAGAGGACGCACUGCCCUCGGGCUAUGUGACCUUUGGCCACGUGGGCGGCCCACCACCCUCGCCUGCCUCGCCUUCCAUCCAGUACAGCAUCCUCCGGGAGGAACGUGAGGCCGAGCUGGACAGCGAGCUCAUCAUCGAGUCGUGUGACGCCUCCUCGGCUUCUGAGGAGAGCCCCAAGCGGGAGCAGGAUUCGCCCCAGAUGAAACCCGGCGUCCUGGACGCCAUCCGGGAAGAGACAGGCGCCCGGGCCGAGGAGCGCGCUCCCACCCGGCGAGGUCAGAUUGAGAACGAGCCCUUCCUCAAGUACCUCUCUGAUGUCCCCGAGAUCGAGAUCGGCCCCGAGCUGCCGGAGCUGCCCGCUGGAGACGGGGUCUCAGCGCCCCCGGAGCCCACGUCGCAGCAGAGACCUGCAGAGGCUGCGAGUUCCAGUCCAAGUCCCGAAGCCACAAAGGACACUGAGCCACAAGAUCCCAGCGCAGCGCCUCCUCUUCUGUUUCUAAAUAAGCAAAAAGCUAUUGACCUGCUCUACUGGCGGGACAUCAAGCAGACGGGCAUAGUGUUUGGAAGCUUCCUGCUGCUGCUCUUCUCCCUGACCCAGUUCAGCGUUGUGAGUGUCGUGGCCUAUCUGGCUUUGGCUGCACUCUCAGCCACCAUCAGUUUCCGCAUCUACAAGUCUGUUUUACAAGCUGUGCAGAAAACCGACGAGGGCCACCCUUUCAAGACCUACUUGGAGCUUGAGAUCACCCUUUCUCAGGAGCAGAUUCAGAAGUACACAGACUGCCUGCAGUUCUACGUGAACAACACACUUAAAGAGCUCAGGAGGCUCUUCCUCGUCCAGGACCUGGUGGAUUCCUUAAAAUUUGCAGUGCUGAUGUGGCUUCUGACUUACGUUGGCGCUCUCUUCAAUGGCCUGACCCUGCUGCUCAUGGCUGUGGUUUCAAUGUUUACUCUACCCGUAGUGUAUGUUAAACACCAGGCACAGGUUGACCAAUACCUGGGACUUGUGAGGACUCAUAUAAAUGCCAUUGUGGCAAAGAUCCAGGCUAAAAUCCCAGGCGCUAAAAGGCACGCUGAGUAA